CUUUAAUUUAGGUUAGGUUUGGAGGGAAAAAAUAGUCCUACCCUAAAUUUAAAACUCAAUAAUUUCUUUCCCAAAUUAAAACAUUUUCUUAUUCUUUAUCCUCAAAUUUCUACAGACAGAGCACAAUUUUUAAACCUAAUUUUUUUAAAAAUUUCAACGACAAAUUCCAGAUCAGUUCUGCUAAGUGGCGAAUCUAUUUCCCCGAAGACAUUCCUAGAAGCAACAAUUACUUCUCUACAAUUUCUGCAAUUUCUUGUUAUUUCCGUGGAAUUUUGGGGGAUUCUUUUUUGGUAGGGUUUUUUGGGAAAAUGUCAGGUAAUGGAAGUGGAACGGAUUUUCAUUUAUCAGAUGAGAUAUUAUCAGUAAUUCCAACAGAUCCAUAUGAUCAAUUAGAUUUAGCACGAAAGAUUACAUCCAUGGCGAUUGCUUCUCGUGUUUCUAAACUCGAAUCAGAAAAUGGUAGAUUAAGACAGAAGAUUUUAGAGAAAGAUCGUUUGAUUUUUGAUUUGGAAGAGAAAGUUUCUCAGCUUGAUCAAGGUUUUCAACAGGUUGAUUCUAGGUUAAGGAUUGUUGUUGAGGAGAAUAAUAAACUGGUGAAUGAAAGAGAUUCGCUUGCUAUGACUGUAAAGAAGCUCAACAGGGAUUUGGCCAAGUUGGAGACAUUCAAGAGGCAACUUAUGCAGUCACUCAAUGAUGAUAGUUCUCAAGCUGAAACUGUUGAUAUUGGAACCUGUGACCAAACUGUUUCCAAGAUGUACUCGGUUAAAGAUGAGGGAGGGAACCCAGGUGAUGAUGGUAUGUAUACAAACUCUUUUCCUUUUAUACCACUCAUCCUAAUACUGUUCAUUCCUGAUACACGUUGUUGCUGGUCUAUGUUUACAGCUUCUAGGCAUGGUGGGCAUAGAUUUUCGAUGACUCCAUACAUCACACCAAGAUUUACUCCCAGUGGAACUCCAAAAGGCUAUUCUACCAGUGGAUCACCUAGAGGAUAUUCUGGUGCUGGAUCCCCUAAUCGCACCUCCGGUUCCACGUCACCUACAAAAUCUCAAUAUGAAGGACGGAGUGGUUCACUGUCUUCAUGGUACCCAUCAAGUCAGCAGUCUUCUGCGGCAAGCUCUCCUCCUCGUGGGCGUCCUGUACCAGCACGCACUCCUCGAAUUGAUGGAAAGGAGUUCUUCCGCCAAGCCAGGAGUCGUCUCUCUUACGAGCAGUUCAGUGCAUUCCUUGCUAACAUCAAGGAGCUGAAUUCUCAAAAUCAAUCUCGAGAGGAAACAUUAAGGAAGGCAGAAGAAAUAUUUGGUACAGACAACAAAGAUCUUUACCUAUCAUUCCAAGGGCUGCUUAAUCGUAACAACCACUAGGACCUAAAGGCGUAUUCCGAAAAUGGUCCAUCAUAAUAGGAUUAUUAUUGUGGUCCACAUUGCUUUCUCCCUUUUCGUGCAUGAUGUGUGAGUGUGUAGUUCGGUAAAUAUAGAUCGCUUACCGUAGAACUAAGAUGCAUAGCAGAGGCUGGUUCAGGGUUUCACACUCUUGUUGCAACUUGCAAGCCUCUGAUUGAAGAUUUCAAAUGAAGCUGCUACUGUAACACCGAUGCUGAUCAUGUUAACCAUGGUGUAUGAGGAAUGACUUCUAUCUGUUUCUAUUGUUAAUGGAAGGUAAAUCUUAUUAAAGAAUAGAUUUAUUCAAGGAUGUUAUUGAUUUAUUUUUCUUUUCCUCAA